GAGGGUGCUGAUCUUUACUCAUUAACCCUCAAAGACUCUCUGAUUGAACUCCAUACAUUCUACAAUGUUUCUGUAUUAUUAUGACAUUUCAAUGUCUGCAUCAUUUAUGUUUCAGGCUGCUAGAAAUCACUGGUAGGUGGUGGAGAUGGAAGGUCCAGCUCUUGCUCCCAGUCGCCCUGCAGUUGAUAUACCUCCAUCAAUCAGUGAUGAGUUGUCAAGGGAACUGCAAUCUGGUGCUCACCAAUUCCCAGGGCGGCUUCACAUCCCCAUGCUACCCCUCUGACUACCCCUCCAGUCAGAAUUGCAAGUGGACCUUACGGGCCCCCGCUGGAUUUAUUGUGCAGGUUAACUUUGUUGACUUUGAGGUUGAAGAGGCUCUGGGGUGUAUCUAUGACAAGGUUAUCGUGAAUACAGGAACCAAUGAUGUCAAGUUUUGUGGCCUGACAGCCAAUGGACUGACGCUUAACUCAAGUGGGAAUGUUAUGGAGGUGUCCUUUAUCUCAGACUUUAGUGUCCAAAAAAAGGGAUUCAGUAUCAAUUACAAACAAGUUGCCGUGUCACUGCGGAAUCAGAAAGUGACAUUGCCAAGGAGCACCAGAGACAUUGUGAAAGUAUCUGGUGGAAUUUCCAUGCCCAAUCUCAACCAGUUCACUAUAUGCUUUGAGAUAGCUCGGUCUGCCCAGAGGGACAAUGAAAUCAUUUUCUCUGUUAACAGUGCAAAGGGAUAUGACAUAGCUUUCGGGAAGACCGCUAAUGGGAUGGCACUGAUCAUAGAUACUAAAGAGUGCUCGAUAGACAGCAUAAUAAGCAGUGCUAAUUUCACCUCAACCAUGAAGCCCCUGUGCCUCACAUGGUCAACGCAUACAAGAGAGUUGGCCUUACAGUUUGAUGGCAACUACAGAACCAAGGUCUGUGCUGACCUCAACAAAGGCGUCAAAUUUGAAAAUCUUCAGUUAGGAGCAGGAGACAGUGGUGAUGAUGAUGAUGAUGAAGAUGACAUUGGGAGUUUUGAUGGUUUUAUCUACAAUUUCCGACUUUGGAGAAAUGCCAUGACCCUUUUGGAACUGUCCUCCAUAACCUGUGAUUCCGUGGGAGACCUAGUCGACUGGGAUAACAACUUCUGGGAUAUUCCCUCCUCCUUUGCACAGACCGAUAGCAGUCUGAGCUGCAGUACAUCCAUACCCACCUUGCCUUCACAAACCACCAGUUGCUCCUCUCCGGGGUUGGGCUGCCCAGAGGUGGUAUUCUUCAGAGUUAACCUUGUUGUCAGUGAUGAUACCACUGAAAAGAAUGAGGCUGAUGUGCAAGAAAUACUCAUCCAAUGGCUCAGACAGACUCUCCAGGACAGGAUAAACUCAGUUCAUGUAAACUGUAUCAGGUUCAACUGCCAGGCCCUUUUGGUGUACAAGAUGACCGGUACCAAAGAGGCAGAAAUAGAGACCGUACUGAAGAGAACACCGGUUAAUGGAACUGGUUUGAGCCUCAGCACCGUUAAAGUGAAAACUGUUGAAAACUGUCCAGCAGAGGAAAAUCCCUUCCAUUACAAGUGGCUUGAGAGCAGACCCACAGUGACCAUGUAUGCUCCCUGUUUCCCUAAUAAGGACCAAAAUGCAUCCAGAACCUGUUCAAUCAAUUUACAGAAUUACACAUCAUCUUGGAAUGUAGCAGACCUCACCAACUGCACAGACAUAGACGACAUUGAAGUGUCCCAAGAUAAUGCUGGAGAAGUGGCUGUGCAGUUGGCAGACAUCAGUAACAAUGAGCUGUCGACUGCAGAGGUGUCCAAGGUGGUUACAAAAGUAAAGGAGUUGGUUAAUUUAGCCAGAAUCAAUACUACUCUGGCCACUGCUGUGGUAAACAUCAUCUCCAAUGUGAUGACAAGCUCCAACUCAGCACAGGCAGCUGCUUCUGAAAUUGCUUUGAAAGCUGUGGAUGAAUUGGUUCAGAAGAUUGAAUUUGAUGGCGAGUCCUUGACCAUCUCCUCUAAGAACCUGGCUGUGGGUAUAUCUGCUCUGAAUGCCAGUGAGUUCAAUGGGACCACCUUCACUGCUUUUAUCCCUCCCAACACCACAGACCCCAAGAUUGAAUUUCUGUCAGAAUCUCAGAAUCCUCUGGCUGUGGUCACACUGCCAGCAACACUACUGCACAACCUAACUAAUUCAAAUGCAGAUAUUGUUUCAAGAAUAAACUUUGUAUUCUUUAGCAAGACUGGGCUAUUUCAGGACGUGAGAAAUGGCUUAUCUUUGAAUAGUUAUGUAGUUGCCAGCAGUGUGGGCAAUUUCUCAAUCCGAAACCUCAGGGAUCCUGUGCGAAUAGAGAUCGCUCAUCUGCAGCACAUGCAAGACCCAAAGCGAAGCUGUGUAUUUUGGGAUUUUACCAUCAAAAAUGGAACCGGUGGAUGGAACAGUGAGGGUUGCCAAGUGAGCCCUGAAUCAAGUGACAACAGGACCGUGUGUCUGUGUAAUCAUCUGACUCACUUUGGGAUUUUAAUGGACAUAUCAGGCACUGCAGCACAAAUUGAUUACCAGAACACAAGGGUUCUGACUUUCAUCACCUACAUUGGAUGUGGUGUGUCUGCUAUCUUCUCGGCAGCUACCCUUCUCACCUACAUCACAUUUGAAAAGCUGCGCCGAGACUACCCAGCAAAGAUCCUAAUGAACCUCAGUACAUCACUGUUGUUCCUUAACAUGGUCUUUCUUCUUGAUGGUUGGCUGGCGUCAUUUGACAUGGAAGGCCUGUGCAUUACUGUGGCUGUCUUCAUGCACUUCUUCCUGCUCACCUCCUUCACUUGGAUGGGACUAGAGUCAAUACACAUGUACAUUGCUUUGGUCAAGGUCUUCAACACCUACAUAAGGAGAUACAUCCUGAAGUUCUGCCUUGUUGGAUGGGGACUUCCUGCUGCCAUCGUCUGCACUGUAGUAGCAGUUGACAGACACGCUUAUGGGCUGGAAUUUUAUGGGAGGGGUGACAUCGGACAAGAAUCAUCCAAGUUUUGCUGGAUCAGAAGCAACAUGGUGUUCUAUGUGACAUGUGUGGGUUACUUCUCCGUCAUCUUCCUCAUGAAUGUGGCCAUGUUCAUCGUUGUGAUGAUCCAGAUUUGUGGUCGCAAUGGUAAGCGUAGCAACCGAACAUUGCGAGAGGAGAUCCUUCGUAACCUGCGUAGUGUGGUCAGCCUGACCUUCCUUCUUGGUAUGACGUGGGGCUUUGCCUUCUUUGCCUGGGGCCCUGUCAACCUGGCCUUCAUGUACCUUUUCUCCAUCUUCAACUCACUUCAAGGACUGUUCAUAUUUGUGUUUCACUGUGCAUUGAAAGAGAAUGUGCAAAAACAGUGGAGGAGAUAUUUAUGUUGUGGACAACUACGUCUAGCUGACAACUCAGACUGGAGCAAGACGGCUACUAACAACACCAAAAAAGUUAGCUCAGACAAUCUGGGCAAGUCCCUGUCCUCCAGCUCUUUCAGCUCAAGUACAGCUAACUGGACAUCGAAAGCAAAAGCCUCCUUAAACCCUUUUGCUAACUAUAACAACAGUACAGACAAAAUGUCCUCCAGCCCUACCAAAUGCCCUUCUGAUGGAGAGGCCUCCUCUAUCAAUCCAGUGCACCAUGUGAUUGAUAAGGUCAAAGGGUACUGUUCAGUGCGUUCAGAUCACUUCUACAAGAACUUCAUCAUGUCUGACAGCUACAACCACAACACCAAGUUCUAGAAUCGAACCCUUUGCAGUGAAUGGCGUAAGGUUUUGAUCAUUUCCUUGUGCCUUAUCAAAAGAGCAGAGAAAAGAGCUCUAUUAUGAACAAUUCAGAAAAAGAAUUGUAUUCAUCUCACAAUGGGGGAAGUGAGACUAUGGAAUAUAUAUGUACGAUGAUGUGAACUGAAAACCUACUGUUUGUGUUAUGUAUUUCUAUUUUGAUGUCUGUGUCAUUUUUUUGUUUGAUCAUUCUAAUCAUAAUCAGCACGUUUUGAAAACACUUUUGAUGUGAUAGGUUUUGUUCAUUUGCCAUUUUAUUGUUGUUGUAAUGCUAUCCUAGAGGACAUGUUUUCACGAUAAGCCUUUCAUUGUGCCAUAAAAUGUCUCCUUUUUCACUGUGAUCAUAUGACAAGCUACUGAUGAAACAUAGUUAAUAAAUCUAAUGUAACAUAUUUAGUCACUACUGGCCAUACUAGAAGAACAUUUAAGCAGUUGGUAUAUGAGAAAAGCUAUUUCUUUAGGUAGUCAAAACGUAUUUAUUUUGUCGUUGGCUAAAUGAAGACAGGAAUAGUUUGAACACACAUGUCCAUGGUCAUGACAGAGCUGUUAAAGGGAAAGACUUAAAUAACAUUGAAAAAACAUUAUUUCUCCAAUCACAUUUGUUGAUGCACUGCAUAAUAAAUAAUUCAACUUUA